GAAAAGUUCACCCUGGACAGAAUUGGAUUAAUCUUCGUAAAAUGUCUUAGAAUCGUUCGUUUGUGAUUUGCUAUGCAAUGAAAUUUUAAGUGCAGUGUUUCGUGAUUAUUUAUAUUCGUAUUAAUCAAUGUUUAGGAAAUUGUUCCAAAUCGACACCAGAAUCGUUACUUUUCCUGUCAUCGCGUCAAUUUUAGAUGAAAUGUUUGUCGACCUCUUAUCAACAGCUGACUACAAACCAUCGCUAUUCCAACCGCCACCAUUUACUCUAUUCUUCGCUCACACACAGUCAACACUGUCUAAUGUCAAAAUCGAAUCGACCAAAACGCCGAAAAAGUAUAAGUGUACCGAUUGCGGUAAAGGUUAUACGCGAAAAGACAAUUUAAAACGCCAUUCCAACGAAUGUGGCAAAGAUCCGAGUUUCUUUUGUGAUCACUGUGAUUUCUCGUGUAAACGAAAAACCAAUCUCAUUAGACAUAAUAGCAUUAAGCACGUUAAGAAAUUGUAAAAAUGGUAAACGCUUGAUUAAAUUAACCGUUGACCAUGUAUAAAUUACUUAAUUUGUAAAAAAUGUUGACGUGUUAUUUUGAAAUAAAUAUUUGUUUUGUAAUAAUAGCGAUAAAUAAUUA